CGCGGAGGAUUGUGGUCCGGCAGUAUUACGGCUGGGUGGCGAAGUGGCUGAAAUUGUUGUUGCUGGGGGAACCGGCGCUCUCGUCGCCCCGAGAGGCGAGUGCUCCAGUCGUCAGGCGCUCUGGUUGUCUUCGGCACCGUUAUGUCCCUCAACAAAAUCCCCCCGCGGUGGCUAAACUGCCCGAGGCGUGGACAACCCGUGGCAGCAAAAUUUUUACCUCUGAAGACAAUGUUAGGACCAAAAUAUGAUGAUCAAGUUGCUGAAGAAAAUCGUUUUCAUCCCAGCAUGUUGUUCAACUACUUAAAAAGUCUUAAGGUCAAGAUGGGUCUGCUGAUAGACUUAACAAACACUACUAGAUUCUAUGACAAGAAUGAUAUAGAAAAUGAGUCUAUCAUGUAUAUAAAACUUGCAUGUAAAGGGCAUGGGGAAUGUCCAUCAGCUGAGAACACAGAAACUUUCAUUCGUGUAUGUGAACAUUUUAGUAAUAAGAACCCAACAGAACUUAUAGGUGUUCACUGUACACAUGGUUUCAAUCGUACUGGUUUUCUCAUCUGUGCCUUUCUCGUUGAGAAAUUGGACUGGAGUAUUGAAGCCGCGGUGGCUACUUUUGCCCAGGCCAGGCCACCUGGCAUCUACAAAGGUGAUUACUUGAAAGAGCUCUUCCGUCGUUAUGGUGAUGCAGAGGAUGCACCAGUACCUCCUCCAUUACCAGAGUGGUGUUUUGAUGAAGAGGAGGAUAACUGCAGUCCAGGAACCCUGGAAUUGAAAGCUGGCUCAUCAACUUCAUUUUCUGGCAAAAGAAGGAAAGAACACUUGAAACUGGGUGCAGUGUUCUUGGAAGGCAUAUCGGUUAAAAAUGUAACCCAGGUAACAACUCAACCAAAGCUAGGAGAAGUGCAACAGAAAUGCCAGCAGUUUUGUGGCUGGAAAGGGUCUGGAUUCCCUGGAGCACAACCUGUUUCUAUGGAUGAACAGAAUAUUAAACUGUUAGAGCAGAAACCAUACAAAGUAAGCUGGAAAGCAGAUGGAACUCGGUAUAUGAUGUUGAUUGAUGGCAAGAAUGAAGUAUAUAUGAUAGACAGAGAUAACUCCGUGUUCCACGUAUCCGCUCUGGAAUUUCCAUUUCGUAAAGAUCUACGUGCACACUUAGACAAUACUCUUUUGGAUGGGGAAAUGAUCAUUGACAAGGUAAAUGGCCAGGUUGUCCCUCGGUACUUGAUAUACGACAUAAUUAAAUUCAAUGGGCAACCAGUUGGGGACUGUGACUUUAACAUUCGUCUGUCAUGUAUAGAAAAAGAGAUUGUAUGUCCACGGCAUGACAAAAUGAAGACUGGCCAAAUUGACAAAGCACAAGAACCUUUUAGCGUUCGUAACAAACCAUUUUUUGACAUCCAUGCAGCAAAAAAGCUUCUUGAGGGAAACUUUGCUAGAGAAGUCAGUCAUGAAAUGGAUGGACUAAUUUUUCAACCUAUAGGAACUUUUACUAAGGGCACUUCAGAGGGGGAGCGAAGAAGGCUGCAAGAGGCUCAGAUUGCAUUGUGGAACCCUUUCCUCACUUCCCAAAGUCAGUUUUCCAACGUGAAGAGGCAGUUGAUGUGGUUCUUCCUGGCUUUUGGUGAUGAUGUGGUGUGGUUCAUUUUCAGACUCCUGCUUCCAUUCAUCCAGGGGCUGUAGGACUGUUUUCCUAAUGUACCUUUCUGAAUAUGAUGCUUUUGGCAAUGAAAGUGGAAUGUUACAUUUUUUUUCUUUCCAAAUUAACUUUUUGCUUGUUGAAAAUAAAUUUAUUCUGGCAAAAUUGAGCAUGGUGAAAUUUAGCAUUCGGAAUUGUACUCUAGAUCUGAGCAUAUGAAUUUAAUGCAAUUAAAACUCAUUAUUUCAUAAUCAUACACUAAUGUGCAUUUUAAACAGAUUAUUUUGUUUCCUGUGUGUUGUGUAGUGAUAGUCUUUGAAUCUAAGUAAUACAAUACUUUAUUCAAGAAUAUAAAAUUACCAGAGGAAAGAAGCUGUGGUGAUUUCAAUAGUUUGUGACUUUUCUGCAAAUCUGUACAUUUGGACAUUGCAUUUGGGCUAGAUAUACAGUGCUCAUUUUUUCUCAGUGCUUACAUAGCUUUUGCUAGUGUGUGUGUAUGUGUGCGUAAUGUAUAUUGUAGGAUAGUAUGAGGUUUAAUGCUGUGUGUUAUGUCUAUAUUAAGAAUAAAUGUUAUCAGUAAAACUAAGAAAUCAAAGGCUUAAUAAAUCAUUUGCUGAAAGCAAACCAGGCAUAGCAAGAUGGCAAAACCUAGUUUGGAAAAACCCAGGGCAAAGUGUCUGGGUCAGUGUUCCCCAGCAUUGCCUUCGCCAUUCUAGUAGCUGCAAACUCACCCAGGCAAGAAUCUUAACAAAUUAAUAUAAUAAUGUUUUAAAUAGUCUAGCACUAGUAGGAGAACUACUGAAUUGCACUGGGGAAAAUAAAUAUUGCAGUGGCUGCAAUCACAUAGUUCAGUGCUUGCCCUAUAUGUGGCUGGCAUAUAAGCAACAUAAAGCAAUUAAGGACACAAUCUUAUGCAUGGAAGCCUGGAGAUUUCUGGGAUUUAUAGUACUUAUCUCUGUCUAAACAUGUAUAGGACUGUGCCCUACAGCAUUUUAAAAAAGUCUUAAACAGUAUGCCAGUGUUAGCCCUGAUAUGUCCUGCCCUAUGGGUCUUGCCAUUUAGCCAAGUAUGUUGGCUGCUGAAGCCAAACCUUGAAUUCUGGGGAGCAUUUUAUCAUUGAAAUAUGGACAGAAUGCACUUGUGACAGUUGGGGACUUAAUUCUUAAUUCAUUCUCACUUGUGCUUUUUUGUUUCUGCCAUCCUCUAAAGGCAUCUUCAUGCUAUAUUAACCUAUGAUACAACUCUGCACAAUAUUAAAGGUGGAUUAUUCAUGAAAGAGACAAUCCAGAUCAGGCAAAUGGAUAUUUUGGAGGCUCUGUAAAUAAUUCUUCACAAUUAUUCUUUCCAUAAACUGUUGUUUGAAAUUAGAGGUCCAGAAGAAAUUACAGUUGCAGCUGCUGUAGCUAGGAUGAGUAAAGUGCAACCAAAAAGAGGCAAUGAUUAUGGAAAGACGAUGUAAAUUCAAUAGCUUGCUUUGUUCUUCUCCAUGGGCACAUGCUGAAAAUACAAUGGUUUCUGCUUAGUCGUUUUCUUUGCAAUGUCUCAUUUAACUGUUUCCUUAACUUUCAGGAGUAACAAAAUGGAGAUCUAACUGGUAAGCUGUGGUUGUGAUUGUUGCCUCAAACCAAGGACAAUUUGGCUUCAUAUCACAUGAAAUAGACCAAAAGCAGUCUCUGUGAAUUGGACAGGGAGGAGUAAUUUUGUAUUGUAUGACAGGACUUUUAUUUUAUUAAAACACUUGCAUGAAUGGGGGCUUAAUACAAGAAAUAAUAAUAAAAACAUGCACAUGAUAUUGCCAUAGAAAAGUCACUAAGACAAAGUAAGCCUAAUAUCUGAUACACACAGCCAUAAUCUGUGUCUUUCUUAAUACAGAAAGCAAUGAAUGUCCAAGUGCAUUUGUUGCAUUACCAGUUUUCCGCUCUCUAUGUAAUAAAAUAUUGUGCAAAUCAGUGAAACCAAGAGCUUUACACUUUGUAGGCUGAUUCAUCAUCCCUUCCAUUACUCUAUAUAGGCAUACCUGCUGAUAUUUUAAAAAGGGUAAAGAAUACUUUCAUGGUAAUACCGGAGACCUAGACUCUGCACUGGUAGCAGACCAAGUGGCCAUUUGCCAUCAUUGGUUUCAGCUACAGGGUAGCAUACAGUACACUAGCAUGUUAUGCAUUUUGACCAAUUCUAAAGCCUCAAACAGAGCUCCUGACUUGAUUCCAUUUUUCUACCCCUUCUUUGGACAUUAAUCAUGGUCCUUUCUGACUCAGCUGGCAAAUAUCACUCAAGAUUUCUUGGGUCUCUUACUGAACAGAUGCAUAGGGUUGUUCUUAAUUCUCUCAUCAACCCAAGGAAUGAGGCUGAAAAAUCACAUUAGAAUGGGUUUUAGUUACACCUAUCUUUAGCACUACUAGUAAAUAUACCAAAACAUAUACUUAAACCAGUAGCUGCUGCUACUUCUGGUUCUUUCAUUCAUCUGAAGAGUAGGGGGACUAUUAACUAGCCAUUAGAAUUAGUUAUACUGGUACUCAUCCAGCUUUCUGUUUUCAGGCUAGAUGUGACUUCUGACCAAGUUUUUCAAUUCACAUUAGUUUAAUGAUGGGAUAGGACAGAUGUUGGGAGCAUUGUGCACAAGAAAGUUAACACAGUUUAAGUUGUCCUUUAUAAAUCUAAAUGUUUUCAGUUGUGAAGUGACCUAUCAAAUAAAUAAUGGGAUUGUAAUAUUUAAAUGUAGGUAGCUACUAAGCAAAUUUGUCCAUGUUCUUGUUUUGCUCAAUGCAACACUUAGAAAAGUGAUUAGUAGGCUUAAGAGAGGGGCUGUGCUCUUAAGUUUUAAAUUAAAGUGCUUAAGAAGCAGACAUUUUACCUAUGUAAUUACAAGUAUAGAAGGCUUUUGCCCGAUGACCCUGAAGAACCAUUGAGGUGUCUCAAAAGUAUUUAUAACCAUUCAA